UAAUUAAUAGCCAAGCGGACCACGCAACGCGGCGUAUCCCAUAACACACGAGCGCGGAACGUGAAAUUCACAUCGAAUUAAUAAUUUAUUACCGGAGAAACUUUCAAGUAAACAGCUUCAAAAUGGUGGUCAACUUUAAGGUGUUCAAGAAGUGUUCCCCGAACAACAUGAUCACGCUCUACAUGAACAGGCGUGACUUUGUGGAUUCCGUGACUCAAGUGGAGCCAAUUGAUGGAAUCGUGGUGCUGGACGAUGAGUACGUGCGCCAAAACCGUAAGAUCUUUGUGCAGUUGGUCUGCAAUUUCCGUUAUGGACGAGAGGAUGACGAGAUGAUCGGCCUGAGGUUCCAGAAGGAACUGACCCUGGUUUCGCAGCAGGUGUGCCCACCCCAGAAGCAGGACAUCCAGCUGACCAAGAUGCAGGAGCGCCUGCUAAAGAAGCUGGGAUCGAAUGCCUAUCCUUUCGUGAUGCAGAUGCCACCUAGCUCCCCGGCCUCUGUGGUUCUCCAGCAGAAGGCCAGUGACGAGAGUCAACCCUGUGGAGUCCAGUACUUCGUGAAGAUCUUCACCGGGGACAGCGACUGCGAUCGUUCGCAUCGCAGGAGCACCAUCAAUUUGGGAAUCCGCAAGGUGCAGUACGCACCCACCAAGCAGGGAAUUCAGCCCUGCACCGUUGUCCGCAAGGAUUUCCUUUUGUCGCCCGGAGAACUGGAACUGGAGGUCACCCUCGAUAAGCAACUGUACCAUCACGGCGAGAAGAUCUCGGUGAACAUCUGCGUGCGCAACAACUCCAACAAAGUGGUCAAGAAGGUCAAGGCAAUGGUCCAGCAGGGCGUAGAUGUGGUGCUCUUCCAGAACGGCCAGUUCCGCAAUACGAUCGCUUUCAUGGAGACAAGCGAGGGGUGUCCCUUGAACCCGGGAUCUAGUCUGCAAAAGGUCAUGUACCUGGUGCCCACUCUGGUGGCCAAUUGUGAUCGCGCUGGCAUCGCCGUCGAGGGAGAUAUUAAGCGCAAGGAGACGGCUCUGGCCUCGACCACACUUAUUGCCAGUCAGGAUGCCAGGGAUGCCUUUGGCAUAAUUGUCUCAUAUGCAGUAAAGGUCAAGCUCUUUUUGGGAGCCUUGGGCGGAGAGCUCUGCGCUGAGCUGCCCUUCAUCCUGAUGCAUCCUAAGCCAAGUCGCAAGGCCCAAUUGGAAGCCGAGGGCUCCAUCGAAGCCUAAACAGAUUCUGGCUACCUCAACUAAUGACAAAAAAUGGCGUAUUUCUACAAAUCUAACCGAUUUUUGUGGAUCUUAAUAAAUAAAUGCUGAUGUUGCUGAAAUGUUCUGAACUGCAGUCGUCGUACUUUUCCUAUAUAGCAAAUUCAAUAUUCAUAUAUGUGUGUAUGUGUAUUAUAUUUAUAACUAAACAAACAAUUAAAUAUGAACGGAGUUUAUGUAUGUAAA